AUGGCGCCUUCGGGCAUACAUCAUCCGGCCCAAUGCCGCUAUGCCAACAAACCUGGUGGUUGCAAGCGCGGGGCCUCCUGUAAAUUCUCGCAUUCUGCACAAGACUCCCCUAGUGUCCAAAGUUCGAAUACCCGCGCCGAUAUUACCAUGUCGACAUCUCGAGAUGCAAAUUAUGAGGCUUCCUUUCAUAAGUGGCGAAGAAUGAUCCCGAAGGCUUAUGAGGGUAAGCCUUCAGCUUUUGGCUUUAAACUGCCUCAAUUCUUUCAGAUCGCUCGUGAUUUAGUCCAUGGCGACCUUGACGUGCUCCAAAAGACGAUAACCGAGCUUGCGACGGAUCCAGGAGUACUAGCAGUGCGAGAAAUGAUCGACGAGCAGAUUCAAUUUUGCAAUACCGAUGUCAAACGUAUAACUCUCUGGCGUACUUGCGUUCUACCCUUUUUUCAAACACUCACUGAGCAACGAGUAAGCCAUUCAGCCAUCUUAGAAACGCAUACAGGGACUAUUUACAAUGUUAUUUUCGGCCAUGAUGCUUCUCGCCUGAGAAUUCUCUUCGACUUCUUGAUCGAACUCGCCGAAAAAUGGACAUCGCCGCUUAUUAAAGACGAUGACGGAUCAAAAGAUCAAUUCCUGGAACUUUGUUCUGCAAUAUUAGCCAAGGCGAUCAGUUACAACUCUCAAGCACUCGUGAACGAGAAAGUCCCGCCAAUUGUUGGUCGAAUAUUGAAACUUGUUGAUGGCAUUGAACAGAGUGGUCGUAGCUUUUGGACCUUACAAGCGAAGAACCAUCUCGAGUAUAUACAACGUCGUCUCGGCGUCAUCAAAGAAGCCGCACAGGAUGACACCCCAAAGCCCCAACCCCUUGGACAUGCCAAGUUUGUGUUACGUCGGGAUCUUCCUGGAAAUUUGUCCCCAGAAGGUCCACGUCACGAUAAUGAUCAUGAGGAUAUAACCAAGAUUCGGAUUCUACCGACAAUGUCAGAGAUCAUGUCCACCCGUUCAGAUUACCGGCCGUUCCAAGAUCCCUCACAACUACAUUUGCCAGGGAUCCAAGGAUUAAUUGACCGCCACUUCCGACUUCUUCGUGAUGAUAUGGUUGGUCAGCUAAAAGACUGUAUUAGCGAAGAGUUACGCCUUCUUGACCGUCCAGAGACCAAGGCUAUCGUUUCCAAUCCACAGAGUCGUAUCCGGACAAACUCAUAUAAUAUCGUAGAUAUUAUUGACAUUAAAUGCACACGCCGAUGCGGAUUGGAGUUUCAUUUGAAAAUCGACCAGCCAUUUUCUACAGGAAGAUUGGCAAGCGAUGCACGAGCGGAUUGGUGGAACCUAUCGAGACGUUUAGAGGCAGGCGCUUUAGUGUGUCUCCUGGAAAAGGAUACCGCCGUCUUUUGUGUGGUAGCCGAGUCUACCUUGAGACCAGAUCCAACGCGCGUGCAUACACAAAAUACGAAUAAGAAUAGCACCGAGAAACGUGAUCUUCACAGCAAUAAGGAUUUUGCAUACGUGAAUCUCAACUUAGCUGAACCGAAUGAAGUCGAUCUCAAGAUUAUGUUGUCGGCAUCGCAGUCCAAUGAACCUGUCAGGAGAUCCUUAGUGGAAUUUCCUGGGAUCCUUCUACCCUCAUUCAAGCCUACUCUAUCAGCCCUCCAACAGAUAUUUAGGACUCUGGAUCUCCCAUUUGCCGAGUUACUUGCAUCUAGUGCCGAUGGGCCGACCGAAGUCAACAUCCCACCUCCCCUAUAUGCAACGAAGUCUGGAUUUGUUUUUAAUCUGAGCUGUCUUACAUCGGAUGGAAACGAAUUAAAAUUUCCCCCCGAGGGCCCCAUAAAUCCUGAGGAGCUCUGUAGCAGAUCAAGUUUAGAUGAAGGCCAGGCUACAGCCCUUCUGAACUCGUUAAAAAGAAGCCUAGCACUCAUCCAGGGACCUCCAGGCACAGGAAAAAGCUAUACUGGAGAGGCGAUUAUCAAAGUCCUUCUAGCAAACAAGGAGCAGGCUAGCAUAGGUCCAAUACUAUGUGUCUGUUACACCAAUCACGCUUUAGAUCAACUCCUCGAACAUCUCUUCAAUGGCGGAGUAGAGCAGAUUAUUCGCAUUGGCUCAAGAUCGAAAUCGGCUGUUCUUACCAAUCUAAACUUGCGUACUGUGGGGAUGGAUAUGGAGCGCACAAAAUCGGAGAGGAAUGCUUCAUGGAAGUCGGCUGCAGGUUUAAAAAGGGCAGAGAACGAGAUGAAAACAUAUCUAACAGAGCUAAAAGCCUCGACAAUCCAUAAGAAAAUCAAGGAGCACAUCAAGACCAAUGAAUCGCCCUUCUAUGAUGCCAUAUUUGGCAUCGUAGACGAAGACUGGACGAAGGUUUCCCGUAAGGGCGACCUACCUUACUUCCUCGACUGGGUGAAUGCAGGUUCCGUGUCAGCGAAUUCAGUCGAAGAUGUUGACACACUGAAAAAGCAGGGUCCAACGGUCUUAAGCCAGCAGGAAAGGUUUGCGCUUUUCAAAUCCUGGGGUUCUGUAGUAGCUGCCGACUUAGGAGAUGAAUUUGUCUCUCUUCACUAUGACUAUCAAGAAGCGAAGAGAGAACAUGACACUGUGCGCCGUGAGGUAGAUCUUCGUGUUCUACAACAAGCCGAUAUCAUUGGCGUCACAACAACUGGUUUGGCCAAGAAUUUAGAUCUGCUCCGAAAACUUGACAGCAAAGUCUUACUUUGUGAGGAGGCCGGCGAAGUCCUAGAGAGUCACAUUCUCACAGCAUUACUCCCGUCUGUGCAGCACGCUAUUCUCAUCGGAGAUCAUCUCCAACUACGCCCCCAAGUUUCAGACUAUGAUCUUUCUGCUGUAAAUCCACGUGGACAGCAAUAUUCGUUAGAUGUGUCACUUUUUGAGAGACUUGUUCAGCCACCACGACCCACAGACUUGAAAUUGCCGUUCGAUAUGCUCGAAAUACAAAGGAGAAUGCAUCCAUCGAUAUCGAGACUAAUUCGAGAUACCAUAUAUGAGACUCUUAAAGAUGAUGAGAAAGUCAAUAACUAUCCCGAAGUGGUCGGCAUGAGAAAACGGCUAUUUUGGUUCGACCAUGAUAAACCGGAAGCGCGAUCAGAUCCGAACUUCCCUACUAAUACAUCUCGGACAAACGAUUUCGAAAUCGAAGUUGUUUCCGCUCUCGUCUCCCAUCUUGUACGCCAAGGAACGUACGGACGUGAUGAUAUUGCUAUCUUGACGCCUUACCUAGGCCAAUUGCACAAGCUAAGAAAGAAGCUUCAAAGCUCAUUCGAGCUUGUUGUCGAGGCUCGAGACCUCGAGAGCCUUCAAAAGGAAGGUUUAGAUACCCCAAUAGAGGCACAUAAGCAAGCGUUGGGGAAAUGCAUACGGCUUGCGACCGUUGAUAACUUUCAAGGUGAAGAAGCGAAAGCAUUUGAGGAGUGCAAGCGGCUAGCUGAGCUCGCACACGAGGCAAAGUGUGUUCUACAAGAGGCUGAGGGCCAUAUUUUCUACUCAAAACUUUUUGCCCUCGCUCAACAAGCGAACCGUACUGUAGAGCCUGGUAAUUCGAGCGGAGAUGAGACCAAUGUGAGCAACGCGCAACAGCAUCUUUCCAAGGCAGAGGCCCUUAUUCUCGAGUUACCAUCAGCUGCACAUCUACGAAAGGAGAUUGACGCCGUAAGAAGAAUGUUGAUUGAUGACAUUUUCUUCCGUGGUUUCUCGGUAGAAGAAAGGCGUGCCAGUUGGAAAGCAAUGGCUGAAGAAGUUGAGGGAGUUGAUCACUGA